UGACGUUGAAAUCAGCAGCAGCGCAGUGGUAAUCUGACAUCAAAGAAAAUUUUUCUUUCGGAGUAGAGAAGAGGUCUUUUCUACGACAAAUUUCUGUAAACUAUUCUGUAGAUUGUUGCAGAUUCCUUCGAAUAAAAUGCCGCGCGGUAAAUUUGUUAGUCACAAAGGCCGAGGUCGUCACUUCACUAACCCCGAGGAACUGGAGGAGCAGCGACGCCAGGAGGAAAAAAAAAUCCAGUGGAGAAAAGCUAGAGGAGAAGAUAGUUCCAGUGAAGAAGAGGAUGAGCCUAAAGCGAAAGGUAGCGGUGAUAGAUCAAAAAAUCUGAGUGGUUCAGAAACAGACUCUGAAAGUGGAUCAGAUUCAGACUCUGAAUCCGAGGGACAUGGAAAGGCGAAAGGUGUAGAAAACUUAAUUCAAGUUGAAAAUCCAAAUAGAGUACAAAAGAAAACAAAGAAAUUAUCACAAAUUAAUCAAUCUCUAGAGGCUGCAAAACCUGAAUUAUCUCGGAGAGAACGAGAACAAUUAGAAAAACAAAGAGCUUAUGCAAAUUAUCAGAAACUACACGCGGCUGGUAAAACCGACGAGGCGCGUGCAGACUUAGCGCGAUUAGCCAUAAUUAAACAACAACGGGAAGAAGCGGCGAAGAAACGGGAAGCUGAGAAAAAACAAAAGGAACUUGCUCAGCAAAAAAAGACGGAACUUACGCAAAAAGCACUCGGAAAAAAAUCCUAGAAUAUUUAUAACUCGAGUCAAUUAUAAAUAUUUUAUGUCACAGCUACAAUUACAUUAACAUAAUGAGCAGUUUAAACUCUACUUUCAUAUUGAUAUUAAUUGACUAAAUGAAUUCACGCAUUUACAAUGUGCGUUUGAGAAGAAUGUCCUUGUUUGUAUAAAUACAAUUAUUACCAUAACUGAA